AGUACCGAGAGGUUUCUUCAGUCUAAGGAACUGAGAGACAGUCAGGCGGCCGUGAACCUCUCCGAGGCCGGAUGGUCAAAUCCAACCUCCAGCGGAUACUCAAUAGUCAUUGUUUCGCCCGUGAAAAAGAAGGAAAACCUCAGUGUCAAAUCCAAAUGGAUGCUUUAAAUUGUAAUCUUUCUGACAUGAUUAGCAAUCUGUCUCUGAGCUGUAGUAGUAGUACUCCUGGUCCUGGGCCUCUGUGGUGUUCCGAUGCCCCUCUCCCACCCCUGAAGAUCCCAGGUGGGCGAGGGAAUGGCACACGGGAUCACUCUCCCUCAGCUCGGCCACUCUACACGGACAGGAAGUUAAGUGUGAUUGAACGUCCUGCUGGUGGUGGUUGCCCGCCGAUGCUGCACUUCCUUAGCCGGCCCACUGUCUCUCGUGUGAUUCGCUGGGAGGCGGUUGUCCGUGGCGACGGCCUUUACAUUGAGAUUCCUCAAGAGACCCUUCCAGAGGGCAGCAAGGAGAGCUUUGCAUCUCUGCUGGAAUUUGCUGAAGAACAUUUAAAGGUCACCAGCGUGUAUGUUUGCUUUUACAAGAACCGAGAUGAUCGUGCCAAGUUGGUGCGUACGUUUAGUUUCCUGGGCUUUGAGGUUGUGAAUCCGGGCCGUUCCCCUGUCCCUCCUCGACCUGACGUCUUCUUCAUGGCUUACAACUUCGAUAGAGAUUCAUCUGAUGAAGAUUAGACUCCUCCUUCCCAAUCCUUAUACCAAUCAUCUUUUCAUUUUGCUUGUCUUUCACUUGUUCAUCUCUUUUGUUAGUGUAAUAGAGCAGAUUUAUUGAUGUAAUGUGGGCUGACAUUAUUCCUUUCUCCAUUUAUCAUUCCCCCAUCUUGAGCCUUUUUUUAGUUGAUCUAUUAUCCUGUUGUACAAGAGGAAAUCAUUGUUGUAAUUCUCACAGCUAUAAGAUCUAUUUGCUUUAUUUUGAAUGUACAUCAGAAAGGUCAUUCAGUUUACACUGUUAUAGGUACUGUUCAGUGCUGCAUUUUGAUUGGCUUUGAAGUUUAAAGCAAGUUUAAAAAUUAUUGUAAGUUAGAGGAAAGUAUAAUUUCUGCUCGGUGCUUCAUAGCCGGGUUCAACUAGGAAGUGAGCUUUGUUAGGCAUAAAAAAAAAAAAAAUUAAGUGCUGAAGCAUCUACCAGUUGGUGAUCUAUCCUGUUGGGUGAAAAUUGGUACGAUGCGAAAAUGGGUUUACUACCUGCCCUUUGACUUGUUUUUGUGCAUCAUAUAACUUGCGUUAUGGUGGAAUUCUCCACCCUGUCAUGGUUUGGUUCGGAUGUUCCCAGCUUUAGUGUUGUGCUUAUGUGAGAAAUAAAAUUGAUUUAAAAAAGAAAUGAAA